AUGACAUUCAAUCAUCCGUUAAUUAAGAAACUUGAGGAAUAUCAGUUAAUAUUAGGGCUGAAAUCACAAAGAAGGAAAGAAAUAUUGAUUAAUAACUUUGGUAUUACCAACUUUGUUGUAGUUGAAUCACAAUUUGACGAAAAUUUACAUAAAAAUAGAACACCUUUGGAAUAUGUUCAAUUAACAAGUAAAUAUAAAGCUAUUAAUAUACUAGACAGUAUUAACAAAGACGGACCGCCAACUUUAAUAUUAACUUGUGAUACUAUAAUUGCGUGUAAUGAUAAAAUAUUUGAAAAACCUAUAACUAAAUUAAAACAGAGAGAAUAUUUCAAUUAUUUCAAGCAACAUCGAAAAAUAGAAGUAAUAUCAGCUUUAACGUUGAUUAAAAUUGAUAAUAGACAAGUGAAAUAUUAUCAAGAUUAUGAUAUAACAAAGUUACAAUUUAGAGAUGAUGAUGAUGAUGAUGAUGCUAAUCUACUAAUUAAUAGUUAUAUUGAAUCAGAAGAAGGACUACAAGUAGCCGGUGGAUUCAAGUAUCAAGGUAAAGGCUGUUUAUUAUUUAAAAGUAUGGUUGGUGAUUACUUGAAUGUUGUUGGCUUACCAAGUAAAACUUUUGAUUUUUUAACCAGGGCAAUUUUAUAA